GGGAUCGGGGCCCUGGGGUGGCGAGUGGAAGGGCAAGGCCCGAGGGCGGCCCAGGGCUCCCCCAAACCCGGGGCUGGGACUGAGACCCUCCAGGGCGGGAGGGUCCUCGCUCUGGGGAGAGCAGAGACUCCGUCCCUCUUCCUCCUUCUCAUCCUCUCCUACAUCUUCAUCUUUCUUUCUCUUUUCCUGCUCGCUUUCUUCUCCUCCUCCUCUUUCUCCUUUUUUCUCCUCUUCUCCUUUUCCUCCUCUCCUUUUCCUCCUCUUUUCCCCCUCCCCAUCCUCAUCUCUUCUCUCCUCCAUCUCCUUCUCCUUUUCCUCUCCUCCCCCCUCCGCCUUUUCCCCCCCCUCUCCACCUUCCUCAGGGUUUUGGGGACCAUCACCCUAUAGCUGGAACUCCCCCCUCCUGGCUGAUCCUCCCCCCGGGUGAUUUCCCUCCUGGAUGAUUCCCCGUGCUCCAGGUGGAGGUUUUUCCUGCUGGUCUUUCCACUCCUGGGGGUGCCCAUGGGGGUUCCUGAGCCCAGAACUGUCCUCGGGGGGUGGAAGGGGCUGUCCUGGGGUUUCUGCUUGGGAGCUGGGAUUUUCUGUGGGGAUUUCCUUUGGGAAGUGGUCGGGGAAGCAGGAGCUGACCCUUCCCUGGGCAGAGCGCCGGCGCUCGCGCUCUACAUCCCGGGACAGGGACAGGCGGCGGCGGGAGCGAUCCCGGUCCCGGGACAGGGACAGAAGGAGGAGCCGGUCCCGCUCCCCACACCGGAGACGAUCCAGCAGGUCCCCACGCCGGCACCGCUCCAGCUCCUCGUCACCGGUGCGGCCCAAGGAGCGCAGGGAUGAGGAGAAGAAGGAGCUCAAGGACUCCAAGAAGGAGCGGCAGAUCACAGAGGAGGAUUUGCAAGGCAAGACUGAGGAAGAGAUCGAGAUGAUGAAGAUGAUGGGUUUUGCCUCCUUUGACACCACCAAGGGGAAGAAGGUGGAUGGUGCUGCUAACGCCUACGCCAUCAACGUGUCCCAGAAGAGGAAAUACAGGCAAUACAUGAACAGAAAAGGAGGAUUCAACAGGCCCCUGGAUUUCAUCGCCUGACAUGGGGACAUGACUCACACCAUGGAAGGAUUUCGCUUCCCUGCACUCUCCUGGGUGGCUCUGAUYCUGUAUUCCAGUGGAAUUUGGGUUAUUCCCAGCAAAUCCCUGAGCCAGAGCUGCCAUGAGUUUCUGUUUCCCAGGUUUUUGUUAUUAUUUUUUAUGAAAAAGGUUGGUUCCUGGCUGGGGUUUUCCUGUGUUUUCCCUGGUUUUGGUUUGUUUCUGUGUUAAUAAAACCCAGAUCUAUUUUUUCCUUUAA